AUGCGCAGGGCGAGGCGGCGCGCGCUGCUGGCCGGUGGUCAGAUACCAGAGGACCAAAGGGCCGCGGGCAGGGGCCGCAGGGGGGUAACACCUUUCCCAUCACACGCCAGCGACGUGGAGCCCUUGGUACUAUUCCCUACAUUCCACGCGGGGUCGGCGCUAGUGGACCCUAGACAGGUCAGCACACUCUCCCCAACAGGUUACAAGUUAAAUCGCCUGAACUCUGCUGUUGGUGAAUAUGCCCGUGCGUGUUUACAAGUGGCCCGUGACUGUGGCACUGAGGUCCUGGACCUGUGGACAUUGAUGCAAAAGGACAACCAGGACUUCUCCGCCUACUUGUCCGAUGGACUACACCUGUCACCCAAGGGGAACGAGUUUCUGUUUUUGCAUCUGUGGCCUCUGAUAGAGAAGAGGGUGUCUCAUCUGCCUUUGCUGCUGCCAUAUUGGAAGGAGGUGUCAGAAACUGAGCCUGAACUGAGUCUGUUGGGAGGCGGGGACCACGCGUGAAUCCCAGGGAGCCAGGACUGAUGGGCCAGGUUC